CGCGCCGGGUGCGAGAGUCGUCAGUGCUGCCAAUUUGUAUCAUCCAAGGCGGCGCACCAUAGACCGAGGCUACCAUCUUCAACUCGGAGGCGACCUGUGGCUGAUUUCACAAUGCUACUACACCCUGUGCUUGAACCUGACUCCGGGGAUUGUCGUACAACUGACGACUUCGAACUACUGGCUGGGGAUGAAGUUCCAUACAGUCAAAGCUUACUUCUCCCUCAGAUCCCCAAAUUCACGCCACAGCUCGCCAAGAAGAAAAUCUUAUCUACCAAAGAAGACUUCACAGGUAGGAAUGACUCCGCGUUUAGCGACGUGUUAUGUCUGGGCAACGACCACAUCUACGACCCCUACCAGGACUACUUUGGAUUGUGUCAGGAGUUCGCCGGGGGCCGGGGCGAGCUGAGCCCCAGUUCCGAUAUUUCCCUGUCAUCGGAUGAAAGUAGCGACAGCUUCAAGUAUGUAACUUUCCAAGCUUCAAAUCCACCGCUUGUGAAUUCGAAUUUCAGCAAGUUAGACCAGGAAAGACUUCGUGCUUUAACAACUGCGGAAUUCGAAAGGAACGGAACUACAUACGAAUUGGACGAGUAUGACAUCAUACAGCAGAAAGUGCGCGGACACGAACCCCCCACCCGGGAGAUCCCGGUCGUUCCAAAUGAUCGGAUCAAGGAAUACCUGUGGCUGAAACAGUGCAAGACCGCCCGUGGCGAUGUUACACAACUACAGGUGCAGGGGAAGAAAAAAUCCAAGUUGAUCUGUGUAUUUUGCAAGAACAACAAGGAACCACCACAUGUGUACACCGGGCAUGUUUUGAAGGAUUCUCGUGGCUAUACGGCGUGCCCAGUGUUGCGGAAGUACCCGUGUCCAAUUUGCCAAGCCAUCGGGGACCACGCCCACACCAUCAAAUACUGCCCCUUCAACAACGACUCCGAGUUUCGAACCAGCCCCUCUCCUCUCCGCACAACGCGCAUGGCCACAGGUAAAAAGCGGCGUACAUAGAGAGUUUACCUGCGUUGUGUAUACUGUUACAUUCCACAUUUCAAGUGUAUGUUGUUGUGACGGGGACUCGUCAUGAAUCCAGUUUUCCAGAUGAGGAGCUGUUUUUAUUCGCAACUGAUUUUAAUAUUGACUCAUUGAGGAAUUGAUGAACUCACCGUGUUGUGUAUGAUAUAUACUAUCUAGUUCUGUUUAUUGUUUAGUCUAGGAACACGUGAAUGUGUUAACAAGAGUGCUGUGCUCGAAACGAAUUUACCGUUUUGACAGAAAGCUUGCAGUGCUAUGUGUUAAAAUGCGGGGACAUUUUAGCAACGUGUUUUGGUGCAAUGACUGUCAAACUUAAUAGACAUUUUAGUUUAAAAUAGUACGUUUCAAGAAAUAGCCUGAAAUUUUACAUCAUUUUAAGAUUUCAGAUUUUUUGUUGAGUAUCUAGUAGAUCUUAUUGUGCAUUUAAAUGCUUUUAUUUAUGAUGCUUUAGCAUGUAGGAUUAUACGUCAUUGUAAAUUUGAAAUUUUAGAAGUUUCCGACAGUUUUAUUGAUGUUAUUUUAUGACCGUCAGUAUGUAAUAUUGAUGGAAUAUGACUCCUGUAAAUAGGUCGACUUUGUAAAGACACUUCUGUAUUGAAAAGUAGUUUUAGUACCAUAGAAUAUAGAUGUAAUUCCUA